AUGGCCAACGAUUUGUGGUCAUGUUACUGUUGUACCGAAGCCCUGACAUGUUGGUUGCGCUUGAAACUCUCACCUGAAGAGAUAGAGCAACGUUAUAGAAGUAAAGAAAUAGAUAGGAUUUUGGAAAAGGACAAGCAGACUUUAAGGCGACAGGUCAAACUUUUGCUACUCGGUGCAGGUGAAAGCGGAAAAUCAACAUUCCUGAAACAGAUGAGGAUAAUACAUAGAGUGAAGUUUGAGCCGGAACUUGUGCGCGAGUACCAACAUGUGAUUUAUCAGAACAUUGUGAAGGGUAUACAAGUGUUAGUGGACGCUCGUGACAAGCUAGCGAUUCCGUGGGAAAAUCCCAGGAAUUUGGACAUCGGUCAACAAGCCCUGCACUUCAAUAGCAGUGCGUCACUUGAUAGCCUGCUGUUCAUGCAUUAUGCGCCUCACAUACACUCCUUGUGGUUAGACAGGGCCAUAAAAAGGGCCUAUGACAGACGGAGAGAAUUUCAACUGAGCGACUCGGUGAGCUAUUUCUUCGGCGAGUUGGAGCGCAUAGCGCGGCCGGACUACGUGCCCUCCCACCAGGACAUCCUGCACUGCCGGAAGGCCACCAAGGGCAUAACCGAGUGCACGAUCAACAUAAACAACGUGCCCUUCGUGUUCGUCGACGUCGGCGGGCAGCGGACGCAGCGGCAGAAGUGGACGCAGUGCUUCGACUCGGUGACGUCGAUACUGUUCCUAGUGUCGUCGUCGGAGUUCGACCAGGUGCUUUCAGAGGACAGGAAGACGAACCGGCUCGCCGAGGCGCUCAACAUAUUCGACACGAUCGUGAACAACGUCAACUUCAAGGGCAUCUCGAUCAUCCUGUUCCUGAACAAGUCGGACCUGCUCGCCAGGAAGGUGGCCAGCCGGGAGACGGACAUACGCUGGUACUACCCCCAGUUCGCGGGCGACCCCCACAGCCUGCAAGACGUGCAGCUGUUCAUACUGAACAUGUUCGCGAACGUUCGCCGCGAGCCGAAGACCACACUGUACCACCACUUCACCACCGCCAUCGACACGCACAACAUCGAGGUGGUGUUCAACUCGGUGAAGGACACCAUACUGAACCGCAACCUGGAGUCGUUGAUGCUGCAG